AUGAGUAUUAAUAAAAAUAAACUAUUAAAUUUUAAUCAAGCGAAAUCUGUAUUACAUGGAAUAGUAUUUUGCUCAUUUAAUGCAAUUUCGAUCAUAAAACAACCAAUAUGGCAUAAUUCUAUCAAAAAAUGUCAAAUUUCAGAUUGUGCAUUGUUGCAAACAUACGAAGAUAAUUGGAUGAAUAUCGUACAAAUUGAAAGUACCUACUUAACGCUUUCAUCAAUUAUAUUUGAAAUGACGAUAAUUGUAUUGGUAUUUUUACUUUGGAAAAAGAAAACUUGGGCGGUUGUAAAAGAUUUUAACAUCACAAGAAAUCAACACAUAAAAAAAAUGCAUGCCACAUAUCAAAUCCAACUAGUUUUGGUACAUGCUCAAAUCAUAACGACAAUAUUUUUAGCAGGUUCAAUUUGGAUUAUGGAAAUUUUAACUGCUCAUAUAAAAAUUAUUGCUUAUGGGGCUGAGAUAAAGGAAUUAUGGGAUAAUUUCUUUCUAGCUUACUUUAUUUUUCAAUUUUACAUUUUAUUGAUCAGAAGUGAAUCACAUCUUUUAAUGGGUAUUGUGUAUGUUGUCGUUUCAUUAAAAUUUCAGCAAAUAAUAAAAGGUCCUUCUCUAAAAGGAAAGAACGUUCUGCUCAAAUAUGAAAAAAGAGAUUUUGACAUUUGGUCUUCAGUUGAUUGGAGUGAUAUUAUUAUGCCGAUAUUGGGUUCAUACAGUAUAUAUCAACUCAUAGCAGCACUGUUUCAAGAGAAUAUCGGAAUGAAGACACGAGAAGUUCGAACUAAUAUUAGUUUACCUUCUGAAAGUUAUUUUGAUAUUCGUACAUGGGAAACUUUUUUUGAAAGUCCAAACUAA